CAGAGGCGGGGAGAGAGAGAGAGAGCUUUCGGGCCCUACGAUUGGUUGCGUGCCCGACCAAGCUACAAAUCGGUGAAGGACAGAGGAGGCAAAGAAGAAAUCUUGCGAGAAUUUGUCGAGAACUUGUCGAUUUCACGCGUAAAGAUUCGCUUUUUGGAGGUGUUGAGAUGCGCAGACUUCUUCUCGUUUGACUAUCUCUGCUCCUCUUCUCUCUUAAUGCAGAUUCCCGAAGUAGCCGAGGGCGUUGAGUUUCGUGCCUUUUUCACACGAGCAGGACUCGGGAUUCCGAUGAUUUCCGCGGCUGGAGGAGCUGGUCCUGAUGCGAGGUUGCAAAUUAACUGACCCUUUACGGAUGCAUAUCAUAAGGGCGCGUCAUGACUUGGGUAAUCCUAACUAAGUCCGAGAAGUUGGCACAAGGGUGCUUCAGGACUUAGGCUACUCCAGCUAAGUCUGUGACUUUGCCGCAAAGGUGCCUCACGACUUAGGCAAUUCCAGCUAACAAUUCAGUUGUUCAAAGCCAGCAAUUAGAAUUAAGCCGCAAAAGUAUGGGCCCUAUCAAUGGAGUGAACAAUUCCAGCAACCCCAGUUUAGCCUCAAGACAGCGUUUGAGGUGGACAAAUGAACUUCAUGAACGUUUUGAAGAUGCUGUCACACAGCUUGGUGGACCAGAUAGAGCAACUCCUAAGGGUGUUCUUAGAAUCAUGGGUGUACCAGGGCUAACAAUAUACCAUGUGAAGAGUCAUUUACAGAAAUAUCGGCUUGCAAAGUAUGUACCAGAGUCUUCAGCUGAUGGUACUAGGUCUGAAAAGAAAGAUGAUGACAACCAGAUUUCAGGGCCUGAAAGCUCUUCUGGAACACAAAUAACUGAAGCACUCAAGUUGCAGAUGGAAGUCCAAAAGAGGCUUCAAGAACAACUCGAGGUACAAAGGCAGCUGCAGCUAAGGAUAGAAGCUCAAGGCAAGUAUCUAAAGAAGAUCAUCGAUGAGCAGCAGCGACUUAGUGGUGUGCUAGCUGAAUUACCUGGAGCAGGCACUACUGCACCCACCCCAGUUGGUCACUGCUUAGACUCUGAGAAGACGGACCCAUCAACACCAGCUCCAGCUUCAGAAUCCCCCAUCCAAGAUAAAGCCAUUGGUAGGGACAAUGGAGAUACUGAUGCCAUCUUCAAGAGCAUUUCAUGUGAUGAUUCGUUAUCCUCCCACCGGGAGCCACUGACCCCUGACUCCAGCUGCCAUCUUCGCUCCUCUUCAUCAAGCCCAAGGCAUGAGAGCUCUACCAAGAGGCUGCGGGUUGGUGCCAUCCCUGGGCAUGGGAAGACAGAGUUGGUGCUUGCUCAUAUACUAGAGUCAAGCUCGGGCUCAGACUUCCAACAUUGAUGCCUGCUGCUCGUACAUGGAGAAGAUGCACUUCGAUUCGUCCUGAACUUCAGUCUGCAAUGAUCAGCUUGGAAGUUGAUGCUGGAAGUUUUACAUGAUUGAAUCAUGUAAUGCAGUUUCUUGUAGUAUGCCAUUAUUAAUCGUAUCUAGUGAUAUCAUGUUCGGAUAAUGUGAUAGCUGUUUCACUGAGUGUAUGACAUAUUAAAUUUAUGUGGAUAUAUGUUGUUAGGAAUAGGAGGUGGUUAUGCUUAUUAUACGACAUUAACGCUUGUAUCGUUUAUAACAUCCUCGUUUCAGUUA